AUGAAGGAUUUGGGCCCUCUGAGUUACUUUCUGGGUAUUGCAGUAUCUCAUCAUCCUGAUGGCAUAUUUCUCAGUCAAAACACUUAUGCUUCAGAGAUUAUUGAACGUGCUGACAUGGCAUUUUGUAAACCAUCAGCCACUCCUGUUGACACCAAGCAGAAACUCAGCACCUCCUCCGACACUUCUUAUGAGGAUCCCUCAUUGUAUCGGAGUCUUGCAGGGCCCCUACAGUAUCUCACCUUCACUCGACCUGAUAUAUCAUAUGCUGUUCAACAAGUUUGUCUUCACAUGCAUGCCCCUCACACGAAACACAUGUUUGCUCUUAAGAGCAUUUUACGCUAUGUUCAGGGCACCUUACAUUUUGGACUACACUUAUCCCCAUCUCCCAUUACAAAGCUUAUCUCCUACACUGAUGCUGAUUGGGGUGGAUGUCCUGAUACUAGACGUUCUACAUCUGGUUACUGUGUUUUUCUAGGUGACAACCUUAUUUCCCGGUCUUCCAAAAGGUAUCCAACUCUCUCCUGUUCCAGUGCUGAAGCCGAAUAUAGAGGGGUUGCCAAUGUUGUCUCCGAAUCGUGUUGGAUUCGCAAUCUUCUUCUGGAACUCCAUUUUCCUAUUCCUUAG